GCCCCUAGUUUCAAUUUCCUCCCACCUUGUUUUUCUUUCUCCAACUCCUGUAUACUCCGCUGCCGACUCACCAUCUCACCCAUUCUAUCGCAGUCACAGAGAGAGAGAGAGAGAGAGAGAGAGUUAGACUCAUAAUGGUGGGGCAGCGGACGGUGACUAAACCAAGCCGCAGCGACGAGGUGUUGGAUGCAGAUGAGCAACUGAGAAUUGCCAACAAGAUCAGAGCUCAGUUCGAGACCCUGGCCCCCAAGCGUCCUGUCAAGCCCAACAGAAGCGAGCCUGAUUCGUCAACACCAACCCCACUGGAGUCUACAGCAGUAGACGAAACUAUUCCCGAGCUUGACAAGUUCCGAGCCCUUGGAUCUCAAUCUCAUGUUAUAAUAUCGGCAGAGGGAGUUACUGAUCAGGUGCAAGAUGAGUUUGUGGAGACCCAGUACUACAGCAAGUUACAGUCCGUUGACAAACAGCAUCACACGACUGGAAGUGGGUUUAUAAGGGUGGUGGGGGAAGGAUGUGAAGGUGGCGGAUCUGAUGACAUUCAGUUGCAGAGAUGCCAUGAUGGCGCAGGUGGGAUGGCGUACGCUGGCUUCAGAAGCAAUCCUGCGACAAACGAUUGGGUUCCAAACGUCGAUGAAGAUCAGGUCUUUGUCUCCUCAAAGCCAAAUCGGAGUGAGAGUUCUUAGAUAUGCCGGCGCCGGCGGGGCGCGGGAGACUUUGACUUUGAGAAAGGGGCUAGCUUGUACCAACUUUACCUGUUCCGUGUUACUGUAUAAAGCUUAGAUAAGGAUGUGUUUGGUGACGGCUUAAAAAAUUCGAAUAGUGGCUUUUGAAUAUGAAUGCAACCAGCAACUUCUACAUU